AUGGCAGAGUUAUCUACAUCUACUUCAUCCGAGCCAAAUCCAUUGGUUGUGUUUACAACCGUAGCCUCUAUAAUCUUAUCCUUUAUUGCAUAUUAUUUUUUUCAACAAUCAAAAAAGGGUAAACCUGCAUUGAUCCCAGAUCAGUUUCAGAAAUUCCCAUUGAUCAAGAAGAUUAAAGUGUCUCAUAAUUCGGCUAUUUAUAGGUUUGGAUUGCCCCGUCCCUCAGAUACUUUGAACUUGCCCAUUGGUCAGCAUAUCAGUAUUGGUGCGAUUGUAGAUGGUAAAGAGAUUGUACGUUCCUAUACCCCCAUUUCCACUAGUGACCAAAAGGGCCAUUUUGAUUUGUUAAUCAAGACUUAUGAAAACGGUAAUAUUUCAAAACACGUUGCGGAAAAGGAGGUUGGCCAUUUUGUGGAAAUCAGAGGCCCUAAGGGAUUUUUCACAUAUGCGCCCAAUAUGAAGAAAAGCUUGGGAAUGAUUGCUGGUGGAACUGGUAUUGCGCCAAUGUACCAGAUCAUAACAGCCAUUAUGAAAAAUCCCGAUGACAAGACCAAAGUGCACUUGUUAUAUGCUAAUGUCACUGAUUCUGAUAUUUUGUUAAAAGACGAAUUGGAAACAUAUGCCAAGGAGCAUCCCGAUAGAUUUAAGGUUCAUUAUGUGUUGAAUGAAGCUCCUGAAAAUUGGCAAUAUUCGGUUGGCUUUGUGACUCCCGAAUUGAUUGAUGAGCAUUUACCUAAACCUUCUCCUGAUACAAAUUUACUAUUAUGUGGUCCUCCACCAAUGAUCAGUGCUAUGAAGAAAGCCGCCACUUCCUUAGGCUAUGAAAAGGCCAAACCUGUUUCAAAAUUGGGUGAUCAAGUAUUUGUCUUUUAA